UGCGGCUGCGCUUUUGAGUUAGAGGGUUUCCGGGUCCGGGGAGCAGCCGGGAGGAAGGAGCGGAUCCUAUGUGAGGUUCCCAGACCCAAGACAAGAUGAGUACCCUAAUGGAGCGGCUUCAUACUAAGCACAGCCAGAGCCGGCCCUGGUCUGAGACCAUUAAGAUAGUUCGGCAAACCACGGAGAAACGACCUGGGAUGGUUGCUGGAGGAAACCAACAGAUUGUAAACUGCUUAGAGACCCUCCAGAAGGCUAUAAAAGUCACAUCCCUUUCAGCCAUGACAGAUCGGCUGGAGUCCAUAGCAAGACAGAAUGGCCUGGCAUCGCAUCUGAGUCCCAACGGCACAGAGUUUUAUAUUACUUCUGACUUGUUCUACUUGGAGGUCCAUCUAGAUCCAGAAGGGCAGUUAUGUGAUGUCACUGUGGCCCAUCAGGGAGAAAAUCCUAUGAGCUGCCCAGAACUGGUCCAGCAGUUAAGAGAGAAGAACUUUGACGAUUUCUCACAACAUUUAAAGGGUCUUGUCAACCUGUACAAGGUGCAAGGAGAUGAUAUCAAACUGAAAACAAAAGUUUACCUGGCCCUUCAGUCAUUGGAAUUGGACCUCACAAAGAUGGCUGCCAUGUACUGGCAGGCCACAAAUGCAAGCGUGCUGGACAAAAUUCUGCAGGGCACAGUUGGGUACUUGACCCCAAGAAGUGGAGGUCAUGUCAUGAAUUUGAAGUACUAUAUCUCACCAUAUGAUUUGUUAGAUGAAAUCACAGGAUCAUCCAUAACACUGAGCGAAGGACAUGUUCCUCGUUCUCUUGGUAUGAAUGUAUCUGUCACAAUUGAGGCCACUUCUGCUACCUACAAGCUUCCUAUUGCACCUCUGAUUAUGGGCUCCCACCCAAUUGACAGCAAAGGUACUCCUUCUUUCUCCGCAAUUACAAAUGCCAACACGGUGGACUUCCCUGCUUGCUUCUUCCUCAAGUUUCCACAGCCUAUCCCUGUAUCCAGGGCCUUUAUUCAGAAAAUCCAGAAUUGCACAGGAAUCCAGCUGUUUGAAAGUCCACCUAACUACCUACCUCACUAUGAGCUGCUCACACAGUUUGAAUUUUCUAAAGAAAAGGAGCCCGAACCUUUCAACCACAACAUGCGUUUCUAUGCAUCUCUCCCAGGUCAGCAGCAUUGCUACUUCCUAAAUAAAGAUGCCCCCCUGUGUGACAAAAGGAUCCUGCAGGGAACACUUCUGAGUAAAAUUCCAUUCCAGCACCCAGGCCAUGUUCCUGUUAUUCUUAAUUUAAUCCGUCACCAGGUGGCCUGCAAUACCUUGAUCGGAAGCUGUGUUAAACGUACAGUACUAAGGGAUGACUGCCCUGGGCUCCUGCACUUUGAAGUGUCUCCCCUCUCUGACUCCAGUGUCAGUAUCUCCUUCCAGCAUCCAGUUAAUGAUUCCCUUGUGUGUGUGGUGAUGGAUGUGCAAGAUUCAACCCAUAUGAAUUGUAAGCUGUACAUGGGUUUAUCUGACGCUCUCAUCUGUACAGACGACUUCAUCACCAAAGUUGUCCAGAGGUGUAUGUCCAUUCCCGUGACCAUGAGAGCUAUCCGUAGGAAGGCAGAGACCAUCCAAGCUGACACACCAGCCUUGUCCAUCAUUGCUGAGACCGUGGAAGACAUGGUGAAAAAUAAUCUUCCUCCAGCAAGCAGUCCUGGUUAUGGAAUGACCCCAGGCUCUACUGCUCUGAGUGGCAUCACCACACCAACCAGUUCAUACCCUUCCGGGCCCAUUACUUCCCUCUUCAACAUGGGUAUAAAGGAACGACAUGACUCAACAGGCCAUGGAGAAGAUUUCAGCAAAGUUACACAGAACCCCAUUCUCACAAGCCUUCUCCAGAUCAAAGGGAAUGGAGGUGGGACUCUGGGCUCCAGCCCCACGCCUCCUCAUCAUACACCACCUCCUGUCUCCUCUCCAGCAAGUAACACCAAAAAUCAUCCCAUGCUGAUGAACCUACUGAAAGAUAAUCCACCACAGGACUUUUCUUCCCUGUAUGGAAGUAGCCCUUUAGAGAGACAGAACUCUUCCGGUUCUCCUCGUACAGAGCUGGGUCCUUCUGGGACUGGAAAACCCAAGAAAAAGCGACCAAGAACAGGAACAGAGAAGACUAAGAACCAGACUGAAGAUGACUUUCAGAGGGAACUCUUUUCUAUGGAUGUUGAUUCCCAGAACCCUAUUUUUGAUGUUAGCAUGACUGGUGACGCACUGGACACGCCCCAUAUCACACCUGCACCUAGUCAGUGUGGUACACCACCAACUGUGUAUCAGCAGCCAAUUUCUCAUACACAGUCUGGCAUGCAAAGAAUGGUGAGGCUUCCCAGCACUGAUGCCAUUAUCCCUGAUGUCACAGACAUCCUCACAGAUAUAGCAGAAGAAGCAUCCAAACUGCCAGGGCCUGGAGAGGAUUGCCCCAAUCUUGGCACUCCUGUAAGGGACUCCUCUAGCUCUGGACACUCUCAAAGUACCCUUUUUGACACAGAUGUGUUUCAGGUAGAUGGUGGUGGAGGGGGAGACAAUCCAUACGCAGAUGCAGCUGAUCUUAUUGCGGAGGCCAAUGGAAGCCCCAACAGUGACUCACCUUAUUUUAACAGUGUGGAUUUUAACCCUGACUUACUGAAUAGUCAAAGUGGCUUCACUGAUGACCUAAAUGAAGACAGCAGCCAGAGUGGAGACCAUGAUUUCAAGGACUUUCCAGGGCAAGGAUUAGCUGCCUUAGGUAUAGUAGCAGGACUUCCAGUUGAUGGGGGUGAUGGAAAGUACAAAAUGACAGACACCGUAGACUUCAGCAUUAUUGCAAAUAGUGGGGCCAAAGCACUAAGUGGGGUGGAUAUUAUGGAAACCCACAGUGGGAGCCAGAGUCCACUUUUGGGUGGAGAGAUAGGGAAAGACCGACCACAGAAGCAAAGAGUGAAGGAGAACAGCAAUGGGGGAGCAGGUGGAGUGGUGUUAGGUGGGAUGCAGGGUGCAGGUAUAGAUGUAAAAUCUGGAAAACGUAGCAGAACCCCAUCUAGUGAUGGGAAGAGUAAAGACAAACCACCUAAGCGCAAGAAAACAGAGCCAGAUGGCAAGUCACCUUCUCAUAUAGCUAAUCGUCCUUUUACCCCUCCAACCAGUAGUGGGGGUUCAAAAUCUCCAGGGACCUCAGGGAGAUCUCAGACUCCUCCUGGCAUGGCUACUCCUCCUAUCCCCAAGAUCACUAUUCAGAUUCCUAAGGGGACUAUGAGUGUGGGAAAGCCAUCAUCCCACAGCCAGUAUUCCAGCAGUGGAUCAGGGAGCUCUUCAAGCAGCAAAAGUCAUCAUGGCCACUCUUCAUCAUCAUCAUCUACUUCUGGUAAAAUCAAAAACAAAUCUGAUGGGUCCUCUGGUAUGAAAAUGGGGGGUUCAGGAGGUGGCAUAUACUCUGGCCAGAGUGGAUCUGGAGGCAGCCAGGCCAAAAGUGGUUCUCAGUCCAUGGGAAAGCAAGGAUCUUCCCCCAUCACCAAACAUGGGUUAGGCAGUGGAAGCAACAGCUCAGGGGGCAGCAAAACUAAACCCCAAGGGAAGCCAUCUGUGCUAAUGAAUCCCUCCCUGAGCAAGCCAAACAUUUCUCCCUCCCAUUCAAGACCAUCUGGAGGGUCUGAAAAACUUUCCUCCCCCAUGAAGCCCAUGCCAGGCACUCCACCUUCUUCGAAAGCCAAGUCUCCAAUUGGCUCAGGAGGUCCACAUAUGGGGGGAGGUUCUAACUCCAACAUGAAGUCAUCCUCAGGACUCGUAUCUUCAGGGUCCCUUUCUCAGAAGCCUAAUUCUUCAUCCUCUUCUUCCUCCUCCUCCUCUUCAUCAUCUUCAUCAUCAUCAUCUUCUUUCUCAGGCGGCUCCAACUCCAAUGUUUCUCAGAAUCUCCAUGGCAGCUCCAAGGGAAAGUCUCCGAGCAGAAAUAAGAAACCUUCACUUACAGCUGUCAUUGAUAAACUGAAACAUGGGGUGGGAACAGGAGGUUCAGGUUCUGAGGAUCCUAUGGAUGGAGGGGGAGCACCAUCAGUUGCAAGCGGUCAUGGCAUGUCCUCCAAGCAUGGAAUGGUGGGAGGUGAGUACCCAGCAAAACGGGAAAAAAGUGAGAAGGAUAAAUCAAAAGUGUCCGUCUCCGGUGGACCAUCUGAUCCUUCCAAGAAAGGUGGGGACCCAAAGGGCUCUGGUAGCACUGGGGUAGCUAAAAUUAUUAUAAGCAAACAUGAUGGAGGAUCUCCCAGCAUCAAGGCAAAGGUAACCCUACAAAAGCCUGGAGAAGGGGGAGGGGAGGGAAUGAGAACACAGAUGGCCAAAAACUAUGGGUCUCCAUUAAUAAGUGGCUCUACCCCAAAACAUGAGCGGUGUUCACCAAGCCAUAAUAAGUCUCCAGCAUAUACCCCACAGGCAUUGGACAGUGAAAGUGAGUCAGGUUCCUCUUCCAUUGCAGAGAAGUCCUACCAAAACAGCCCUAGCUCAGAUGAUGGAGGCGGCGGGGGAAGCCGGGCUCAGCCGGAGUACAGUGCGGAGAAACACAAAAAGCACAAGAAAGAAAAAAAGAGACUUAAGGAUAAAGAAAGGGAGAGAGAAAAGAAGAAGUCAUCUUACAGCAUGAAGCCAGAAAGUUGGUCCAAGUCUCCCAUCUCUUCUGAUCCUGGAUUGACCAUGGGUGGAGGCUCCUUAUUGAACUCAGACAGAGCAGCCAGGCCCAGCCCAAGUUUUUUAAUGGGUGAAGAUGAUGACUUAAUGGACGUGGCGCUUAUAGGGAACUAAAACCUGCAGUAUUGGUUUAACUCUGUUUAUUUUAAAUUACUUUGUCUAUAUGCUGCCAGAAGUCCUAUAUUGGAAAACGUUAAUUGAAUCAGUCCUUUUGGCAUAAAUUGGAUCAAUUUCCAGUAUUCAUAGCCCCAUUUAUGCACAUUGAUGGCCAUCCAAAGUUUUUUUAUUUUUUUAUUUUACGGGGGACACUUUUUUUUUUUUAACGAAUUAACAAAAUAAGCUAAAAUGAAUGAUUUUGUUAAAUAGCAAAAACUGGGAUCUCCUGUUACCACUCCUUUUUUUUUUUUUUAUUACCAAAAUUUCACAGCCAUAAUUGACACAAGCCAUUUGUGUUUAUAGCAGUGCUCAGCUAAGGAAUAGUUCUUAUUAACAAUAAGAUGUCAAAAAGCACAGAACGUUAUUAUUUAUUAUUAUUACAGUGAUUAACAGCUGAAUGCAUACAUUACAUAUGCUAUCCAAUACGUAAAAAAAUAAUGAAAAUAUUUAAUAUAUAUUUAUAUACAUGUGUGUAUAUUAAUUACUGCUCACUCACACUGUUUUCUAAUGAACUCCCUUAGUAGUUUGAGUAAAAGAGCCACACUUACAAGUCCGUCAGCAUUUUCAAUUACACAGUUUGGCAUCAUUUAUAAUUACAACCCCAUUAAAAAGUUCUUUAUUAUUAUUUUAUUACAUUUUUCUGUUUUAUCAGUGAGAUGACACACAAACUCUAAACCAAAAUAGAUCAUAUGUUAAAGUAACAUCCCACUCAAAGAUUUAUUUUUUCAUAGUUAAUUUUUAUUUUAAAAUUCAAAUGGAUCUGCUGCCAAAGGUAAUAUUAUAAAAUGUUUUUGUUUUGUUUUUUAAUCUCUUGAGCAGUUUUAAAUUAAACCAAUGUAAAAAUAAUUAAUAUACGUUUUUUUCUAGCUUUAUCUGUCUUUACAUUAUAUAGUAUUCUAUUUUCGUGCCUACAAUUGACUGAGAAGACUACAGUGUUAAGAUAAUUUUAAUAACCAAAUUUUAAACUAAACUAAAAAGCUCAUAAACAAAAAGACACUGUUUUCCUGGUUAAUUGGAUUCACUGUAAGGAAUAUGUUCUAAGCACAAGAGAGAGCACAAUGGAUGUCAAUAUAACAUCAACAGUAGAUGACAUUCCAUUUAGAAAAAUGUUAGUAUGAAAACGGUUUAUUUUAUAUUGCCAUUUUUCAAAAUGGCCCACCAUCUAUAAUAUCUUAAGCACAUCAAAAUAAAAUGUACUACUCAUUUAAUGAUCACAAGACUAUAGAACUCUCUAAGCUUGCCCAAGGUCUUUAGAGACCAGAUUUUCGUUUUCCCCUCUGCGAGUAGUUAAUUUUUACAGAAUUUACAAAUUAGAUUUCAAUAGUAGCAUAAUCUGACAGGAAGACAUAUUAAGGCAGGUGGUCUUAAAAAAGGAACUGCAGAAAAUGUUUUAUUAUAACUGUUUUUAAUUGUUUUAACCUUUGCUGGUAUAUUUCUUUUUUUUUUUUUUUUUUAUAGGAACACUAUAGGAUCAGGAGUUCAAUGUGUAUUCCUGACCUUGUAGUGUUAAAAACACUAUUUACCCAUCCCCCCUUUAAAUUCCAGCGCCAUGUGGGUCUGUCAAUGCUGGCUCCGCCCCUCCUUUGCCAACAUCCUCAAAAUUGAUUAUCUGAGUUAAUCACAAUGCUUUUCCAUAGGAAAGCAUUGGAUUUGCUGAGAUUGUCAAUUCUGAUGAUCUCAGCCAUGGUGGCACGGCGUGGGGGCAUAUCCAAUCGCGGCUCUGGCCAAUCAACAUCUCCUCAUAAACUAAGGCUGCAUA